AGAUUUGGGCCUGGCUGGGUUUUACACGUGCUUUAUUCUUCAUUAACUCCAUUUCCUGGGGCUGGAAAGUUGGGUCAGCCAGGCCGGCUGGGUUUGGAAGAGGUGGUGGGCUAAAAAGAGAACAGGCAAAGGUUUAUUAGUGGCUUAGUGUUAACCACCAAUUAGUUUAAACCGUGAUUAGAUCGUCAAGUUUAUUGUCGAUGCUGCCUGGAAGCUUGCUUCUCUGCCACAAAACCCUCCAGAUCUUUGUGAGGCAGCCAGAAUAGAAAUUCUUCGCUGCGUCUGUACUUCUGGCGUUUCGGUGGUCGCCAUUUUAAACGGCUUUUUGCAAGGGUAGUGCGAGGCGGGCCUAACUUUGGCUAAAUGGGAAGAGCAAAGCUGCGAAAGAAACGAGGCCUCCGGCAUGGGCCGGAAAACAAGAUGGAGCUGGCCAAGAAAGGAGGGCUACGGGACGACACCGCAAGUUUGCAAUCCAAGCUGGGCUUAGGAGUGGGCCCCCAGCCCUCUCUCGCCCCCCAAGCUGGAGGGAUGGGGGGAUUCUUGGAAAUGCCCCACCAGCAAGAGGACCAGAGCAUGCAUAAUCUGUGGGAAACGCAGUUCCAGGAGUUCCUGAAGGACACCGUUUUCGAGAAGCAGCUGCUGGAUGAUCUGACCCCUUGGGAGGAUCCUCGGGCCUUCCUGGCCUCCUUCGAGAAAGUCGCCGUGGCUUGCCGCUGGCCGAGAAAAGAGUGGGUGACGCGGCUGCUGCCAGCUCUCAGCGAGGAGGCCGAGAAGGCUUUCAUCGCCCUGUCCGCCGAGGAUCGGGAAGACUACUGGAAGGUGAAGUCGGCCAUCCUACACCGAGAGGCCGCCUUCAGGGAGAAGCAACGUCAAGAGUUCCGCCGGUUCUGCUUUCAAGAAGCCGAGGGCCCGCGGCAAGUCCUUGCCCGGCUCCAGGAGCUCUUCUGUCAGUGGCUGCGGGCCGAAAGGAGCAGCAAGGAGCAGAUUCUGGAACUCCUGCUUCUGGAACAGUUCCUGAACAUCCUGCCGCGGGAAAUGCAAAACUGGGUCAAGGAACGUACUCCGGACACGUGCCUGGAAGCUGUUGGUCUGGCCGAGGAGUUUCUGAGACGGCUCCAAACGGCCGAAAAGGGGGAAGAGCAGGAGCCAGAAGAACCAAAGGCGCAACCAGAGAUGGCAUCAAUGCAGAGCCCAACCAACACAGACAGUCAACAGCAGCAAAUCCCGCCACUACCACCACAACUUUAUCCCGCAGGUUACAAGCAGACCAAUGUGAGCAAGAAGAAAAAACUCCAGUGGGGACAUUUCGGAGACGUGAAACUCCGAGCAGUAUUUCCUGGAAGAGCCAAUUCCUGCCGUUGGAGGCAAGGAAGAGACAUCGUCGUCCAGCCACGCCGUCAUUCCGAAAGGCUUCGGAAGAGCCACCUGCCCAUCCAGGUGGAAAUGCUCUCUUCAACUCCCCGCAAGGUGAAACCUAAGCCAAAAGAGCGGCCGCCUCCUGCUUCGGGGACCCCGAAGGACCAGAUCAAGCACUGCGAGGAAUGCGGCAGAGAUUUCAACGGAAUAGCGAGUUUCUUCCGGCACCGUAUACGGCACACGGGGGAGAAACGCUACGAGUGCUGUUUUUGCGGGAGAGGGUUCUGCUGGCGGUCAGACCUGGUCCGCCACGAAUGCCUACACACCGGGAAGAAGCCGCACGAGUGCUCCUACUGCGGGGAAGGCUUCGAUCGCAAGUGGCUACGCGUCCAGCAUCAACAGACCCACCUGCAAAACAAGACGAAUCUCUGACCAACAGGAACAACAACGACGGCAACAACCGGGGGAAAAAAAUGCUUUGCAGCUUUGGAUUCAAACAGGAAUCGGCAAUAGCGUCUCGUCUGGUUUUUAGCGUUAGCGUUCUCUGAAGUUAAAAAAAUUGGCGUACGAUAUUAACAGGCCAGAAAUCACCCACUCUUGUGAGAUUUCAGUAAUCUCUCUCUGACUUGGGAGAAUUUUGAAAUGUCCCAAGAUUUCAGCUGUCUAAUAUAUUUUUCUUCCAACUGUGGAGAAACCUGGAGGCUGUAUUUUAGCACAGAGCCAUAGGGGUCCCAAUAUCUGUGACAGCUGGUUGCAGAUUCCUGGUGUGAAUUUUUUUUUUUUUUAUCCCAUACAAAGUUGGCUGUUUUGUUAUUUUUUUUUUCAAUGCUUUUUAUUCAGCCAGCUUUUCCUUGAAAAAGAAAAAUGAAAAAGCUACACUUGCGUUGCAAUCAAGAGCAAACAAAACUUCCCAAUUGCUUUUGUGCUCGUUGCUUUAUUGACAAAAAAAUUAGGACUGGAACUGUUGAUCUGCUUCCCGGGUGCCACGAGAUUAAGAAAAGCUUGGGGACUCUUUUUGCAGUUUAAUGAGAAACAUACAGUUAGUCCUUGAUUUACGACCAGAAUUACAGUUGUAGAUCGUGCUGGUCAUUAAGCAGCUGGAAACUGGUCGUAAAUUGAGGACUUACCUGUAUAUUCUGUUCUCUCCUGGAUUUUCUAAAGGCUGCUUUCCAGAUGCUGCUUCUGUAAAUAUGGUAUUUUUUGGAGAAUAAGGCGCACUUUCCCCUCCCUAAAAGUGGGUGAGAAUUUCGGUGCGUCUUAUAGACCAAAUACGGGCCUGUUUUUGGCCCUGAACCCUGUGUGUUGUGUUUUUGCCCUCCCCUCAGCACGUCACAUUUUUGCCAAAAACGGGCCCAUUUUGGGGCUCCCAAACCUUCCACGUAUCGCGUUUUCAGCGGCCCCCAGAAGCACUUUGCAAAAACGAAACAUGCAGAGCGCAACAGAGUGCUUCUGGGGGCUGGGGAGGGCGAAAACACGAUGCAUGGAGGCCGAAAACGAUUUUUUUUCCCCUUGUUUUCCUCCUGUAAAUCUAGGUGCGUCUUAUAGUCCGAAAAAUACAGUACUUAGUUUCACAGGUAGCUAAUUUUAAGAAUGCAUGCCUACUAGGAGACCAAGUUAUUUGCAAUUUACUAAUUGAAUAAAUUACUGCUUAAUAACCAAUCAAAGGAAAGACUCAUUAAUCCUCUUAAUAAGAUCAGCAGUUUCCCCCCCCCCCAGUCUUUUUAUCCCCUGUACAUGUUAACUUUUCGCUCCCCAAAUGGCUACCUCACGUGGCUUAUGGGAUUUGGGGAAAUGAAACCUACCUUCUCAAGGCCCAGGAUAGGUUAAAGGGCAGCAAAGCAGAGCUUUAUAAAAGGUGUGAAGCUCUUUAGACAUAUUAAAGUCUCAAUAUAUGAACGGAACAAUGCAGGUUGUGUUUUCGUGUUUUAGAACAGCGUUCUCUAUCUUGACAAGGCCCUCUCUGGCCCCAUUUUUUCAUAGCGUUGAUAGCCAUUUGAAGACUUUGGUGAAGUCCCCAAAGGAAGUAAGACAACGUACAGUAUGGUAAGAAUGCAGUUCGCAAAGAUGGGAGACUUUUCAUAAACGUCCUCCAGCUUAGAAAUGCCCACCAUGCAUUGUCAUAUGACAACAACACAAGUGCCUUCUGUAAUGAUCAAGUCCUGGUCAGAUCUUAAAAAGAAAAUUACAAUGUAUGUGAAUGGAAAGAGUAUCUCUUCCCAGAAUUUGUACUGGCGUUGGCGUUAGACAAAAUUGUAUUUUUUUUUUCUCUGUGUUUUAUAAGCCCUCCCUUCAGAUUCUCUGUUCUGUAAUAGUAAUAGCCUGUUUUCAAACUGAACGUAAUUAGCAUCUCGGUGUUAAUUAAAUGUUUCUGGUUUCCACUCAAUCAACUGCGUUAAAAUGUUAUAUAAGCUGGCUCUUUUUCUGAGGCAAUAGUCUGUUUCGAAUUCGUUGAUUAGCUUUCCUGCUAGUUCGUAAUUUUUUUCCCCCAACAGCUAAAGUUUUAGAGUAUCGACUGAUAAUUCCACCAUUUUAUAGAUAGAGAUGAUUUGUUAUCCUAAAGUUAAAAUAAAUUUUUAAAAAUAC